AUGACCAUUCAAACGCCGGCAGUUCGGAUCGUGGAAGUCGGGCCACGCGACGGGCUACAGAAUAUUCAGGAGCGGAUUCCGACCGCGACAAAACUGGAGUUGAUUCGACGACUGCGCGAAUGUGGACUGACGACUAUUGAGUUGACAUCUGUUGUGUCGCCGAGGGCUGUGCCGCAAUUAUCGGAUUGUCGGGAUAUACUCAGUGAUGAAGAUGUACAAGAAGCUAUGUCGGACCCGAGUCUCCGAUUUCCGGUCCUGGUUCCUAAUCUCAAAGGGCUGGAGAUUGCGAUUCAACAAGGCGUUAAAGAGAUCGCGGUCUUUAUUAGUGCGUCGGACGGAUUCAGUAAAGCGAACAUAAACUGCAGUGUUGAAGUUGCGAUUGAAAGAGCCAAGGAGGUGAUUUCAUUAGCGAUGGAAGCUAAUAUUGUUGUGAGAGGAUACGUUUCUUGCAUCUUUGAAGAUCCAUAUGAUGGACCAACGUCACCAGAAUCUACUCUUCAUUGUGUCAAAUCUCUCCUCGAUGCUGGAUGCUACGAAGUGAGCCUCGGCGAUACAACCGGCGUGGGCUCACCAUGGAAAGUCCGCGGUCUAAUCAAAUAUCUAAAACAACACUGCAUCCCACUGACAAAGCUGGCUGGCCAUUUCCACGAUACAUAUGGACAGGCAGCGGCAAAUGUGUGGGAAGCAUACAAAGCCGGGAUCCGCGUAUUCGACAGCAGUGUGAGUGGUCUUGGUGGAUGCCCCUUUGCACCAGGAGCAAAGGGUAAUGUCGCAACCGAGGAGCUUGUGCUCAUGUUCAAUGCUGCUGGUAUCGAAACGGGGGUUGAACUGUCCAAAUUGGUGGAGACUGGAGAAUGGAUUUUGAGACAGCUCAACCGUGACUCAGAGCGUAUCGGCACAGUUCAUCCUAGGAAUGAGGAUUUGAAGAAGACUUCGCGAUCUGUCUUUUCGACUUUCUCCCACGCCAACAGAUCCCGGCUUUAUCGAUCGGGGUUAAAUCUCAAGUCUAUUUUGAAUGGCUCAACGAGAUUUGGAAGUCGUGUUAAUGACUGUGUCUGA